CCGCCCUCCCGCCCUCCCGCCAUGAGCUCCCCGGAGGCGGCGCUGCUGCUGCUGUUGGACGCCGCCGACUUCGCCGCUCAGAAGCACCGGCAGCAGCGGCGGAAGGACCCGGAGGGCACCCCCUACAUCAACCACCCCAUCGGUGUGGCGCGCAUCCUCAGCCACGAGGCGGGAGUCACCGACGUGCAGGUGCUGCAGGCCGCCUUGCUGCACGACACGCUGGAGGACACGGACACGACGGCGGAGGAGCUGGAGCGGCGGUUCGGGGCGCGGGUGAGGCUCCUGGUGCAGGAGGUGACGGACGACAAGGAGCUGCCCAAGGCGGAGAGGAAGCGGCGCCAGGUGGAGGGCGCGGGGCGCGGCAGCCCCGGCGCCAAGCUGCUCCGCCUGGCCGACAAGCUCCACAACCUGCGGGACCUUCGCCGCUGCGCCCCCGUGGGCUGGUCCGAACAGCGGGUGCAGGAGUACUUCGAGUGGGCGGCCCAGGUGGUCAGGGGCCUGCGGGGGACCAACCCGCAGAUGGAGGCCGCCCUGCGGCAGCUGUUCGAGGAGCGGGGCGUCCCGCCGUGAACCCGAGCCGACGUCGUCGCCUCCGCGGGGACGGCGGAAGACCCGCCGCUCCGGCCCGGCCCCGGCCCCGGCCCGCCCCGGCGGGCGGCGGCCGGGGCGAAAUAGAAGCCGGUGGAAACGCU